CCGGUGAUGGCGGCGCUGCGGGGGCCCGGCCCAUGAGGCGGCCCUGGGCCCGCGCCCCGGCCGAGCCACCACACAGCCAUGGCGGGCGUGUUCGACAUCGACCUGGACCAGCCCGAGGACGCGGGCUCGGACGAGGAGCUGGAGGAGGGGGGUCAGUUAAGUGAGAGCAUGGACCAUGGAGGAGUUGGCCAAUAUGACCUGGGCAUGGAGCAUUGUGAGAAGUUUGAGAUCUCAGAGACCAGCGUGAACAGGGGCCCCGAGAAGAUCCGGCCCGAGUGCUUCGAGCUGCUGCGCGUGCUGGGCAAGGGCGGCUACGGCAAGGUGUUCCAAGUGCGGAAAGUGACCGGAGCGAACACCGGGAAAAUAUUUGCCAUGAAGGUUCUGAAAAAGGCAAUGAUUGUAAGGAACGCCAAGGACACGGCUCACACGAAAGCAGAGAGGAAUAUCCUGGAGGAAGUGAAACAUCCCUUCAUUGUAGACUUAAUUUACGCCUUUCAGACUGGUGGAAAACUCUACCUCAUCCUUGAGUAUCUCAGUGGAGGAGAACUAUUUAUGCAGUUAGAGAGAGAAGGGAUAUUUAUGGAAGACACAGCUUGCUUCUACUUGGCAGAAAUCUCGAUGGCACUGGGGCACUUGCAUCAAAAAGGAAUCAUCUACCGGGAUCUGAAGCCAGAGAACAUCAUGCUCAACCACCAAGGUCACGUCAAACUGACUGACUUCGGAUUAUGUAAAGAAUCUAUCCACGAUGGAACAGUCACACACACAUUCUGUGGAACAAUUGAAUACAUGGCCCCUGAAAUCCUGAUGAGGAGUGGGCAUAACCGUGCUGUGGACUGGUGGAGUCUGGGGGCAUUAAUGUAUGACAUGCUGACUGGAGCACCUCCUUUCACUGGGGAGAACAGAAAGAAAACAAUUGACAAGAUCCUCAAGUGUAAACUCAACUUGCCUCCCUACCUCACACAAGAAGCCAGAGAUCUGCUUAAAAAGCUGCUAAAAAGAAACGCUGCCUCACGUCUAGGAGCUGGUCCUGGAGAUGCUGGAGAAGUUCAGGCUCACCCCUUCUUCAGACACAUCAACUGGGACGAGCUGUUGGCACGAAAGGUGGAACCUCCUUUUAAACCCUUAUUGCAAUCUGAAGAGGAUGUGAGCCAGUUUGAUUCAAAGUUUACACGUCAGACACCUGUUGAUAGCCCAGAUGACUCAACUCUCAGUGAAAGUGCCAACCAGGUCUUUCUGGGUUUCACCUACGUGGCUCCAUCUGUACUUGAAAGCGUAAAAGAGAAAUUUUCUUUUGAACCAAAAAUCCGCUCCCCUCGCAGGUUCAUCGGCAGCCCAAGGACACCAGUCAGCCCUGUCAAGUUUUCCCCCGGGGAGUUCUGGGGCCGAGGCGCUUCAGGAGGCACGUCCAACAGCCAGCCCCCCGUGGAGUACCCGCUGGAGAGCGGCGGCAUCGAGCAGAUGGACGUGUCGGUGUGCGGGGAGGCGUCGGCGCCGCUGCCCAUCCGGCAGCCCAACUCGGGGCCCUACAAGAAGCAGGCGUUCCCCAUGAUCUCCAAACGGCCCGAGCACCUGCGCAUGAACCUAUGACAGCCCCGCCAGGACACCUGCUCGGGGGGCUGCCCAGCAGUGACAGCAUCAGAGAGUCAGUCCUUGCACAGAGACGCUCGGAAAGCAAAGGAAAAAAAAAAAAAACCACACAAAGAAACAACGGAUUCUUCUUUUUCUUUUUUUUUUUUAAUUUUUUUUUUUUUCCUGUCGAAUCAAUGGUGCAUAAAAAAACAAACAAGACUUUAGCAAAAUGGUAUCGCAGAACUCUAGGCACGUCAUCCAACGAUUCCAGUGACAUCUGCUCACCUUUAUCCAGGAUUUCUCAGCUCGGAACUGACGGCGUUUAAGGGUCAGGAUGUUGCUCCAGAAUCACUGGUGUAGUGAAUGUGUCGAGGAGGGUUUAGCCCUUUCACCAGGCAGAGGAUGAAAUGCCUGUGCUUGCAGCUGAGGGGUGAUGAGCAUGCAAGCUUCCUUAAGAGGUUUCCUACAAUGGGGUGGAAUCAAAGAUGAAAGCUCAAAAUUAAUUGGUAUCUCACACUCAAAACAUAAUGAGGUUUUUUUUAUAUAUAUAUAUAUAUAUAUAUACACAAAAAAAAAAAAAAAGAAAAAUAUAUAUAUUUUUCAAAUAGAUUUUUUUGAUUCAGCUCAUUAUGGAAAAGGAUCCCAAAAUUGCAGACGGAGAAUAAUUGGUGAAGAAAGCGUGGUUGGUUUUUAUUUGUCAAGGCUCUGGUUCUGAUUCUUCUCCUCACGAAACAACACAUCAGUAAGUGAAUCCCUGGCCAGCCUGGCAGUGUGGGGGGGGAGAGGACUGUUCUGCUUGCCCAGCUGAACUCCCUGUUCCUGCAGAGACAGUGGAUCCAUCCGAGGCAAUGCUGCUACCUUGUUCUAGGCUGAACUGGAAGCCCCGGGCUCACAACACGUCCUGCUUUAUUUCCUGCCUGUCCUCAGCAGACAAUUCCCUGGGAACAGCCCUUUUUGUGUCCCUGCUGCUGCUCCUGGGCUGGGGGCAGCUCAGCACAGCCGGUGCCAUCAGCAGGCAGUGCCUCCCAUCAGCAGGUCAGUGGAGAUCCAGGGCGAGUCCCCCAGGGAUCAAACCCUGCCCCGUGGAAGGAAAUAACUAUUUUUGUAACCGGUGGGUAAGAAUUUGAGGAAUUUUUUUUUUCUUUUUUUUUUUUAAUAUUAUAAUUAUUAAUAAAAUUUUGCUGACGGGACUUCCCUGCCACUCUACAUUUCUAAAUUCCUCCACAUUUUUUUUUUUUUCUAUGCUGGGGCAAUAAAUUUGCUGAUUGUAUGAGGAAAGUGUUCAAUGGCCUUUCAGUGAAUGUCUUCCACAGUGGGUCAGAACUUUUAGCAACCUUCAUUUUAGGAAACUCUGUUCUAAAAGGACACUAUUUAUGGUUUUAAAAAACUGUCACACGCAAUCUGUACAAACGACUUCACAGGUACAAAGAAUAAAAUAAAGGUAAACCUUUACCUUCCUUAAAUAUAUAGAUAUACUUCCUGCCUUAAAAGAAAGCAUUGCCAUGAGCAUAGCUGGUGAAAGGGUUAAAAUCUGCAGAGCUUUACUCUAGUUUAGGGUGUGUCUGCUGUGUGUGUGUGUGUGGAGAUGAUCCAGCUGCAUCCCAGUCCUGUCACUUUUUGCCUGCCACCCCUUGCAUUAUCCUUGGUCAAACUGUGCAAAGUUCUACUUCUGGUGUUUCACAACGAGUAGGGGUUUGUUUUUUUUUUAAUCCUCGAUUUCUGCUUCCUCUGUGGAUACUGAACCUUUUUUGAGCCAUAGGAUCCAAGCCAUAAAACUCUCUCAAGCGUUGAAUCCGCUCAGUGCUCUUUGCUCAGCUUUGCAGGUCCGAAGGAUUCAGUGACAACCUUGGUACCACCACCAACAAAAACGAGCAAAAAUUAAUAUUCCUUUUCUUCCUUUUGUUAGAAAAUAUAAUUUGGGGAGGCAGAUCAAGUUCCCUUGCAGUGAGUGAGUGCCACAGGCCCUGCUGGAGGAUUGCCACUGUUGAGGGGGGAUGUUGGGAACCCAAAACCCGAGUGCUGCUGAUUGCACUCUGCCCACCUGCAAACCUGCCUGUGUUCUGGACUGCUCUUGGCAGGGGCAACAUCUGCAAAGGCCUCAACCUCCAGCACGUGGAGCUUCUGGGCUGCUCCUUCCUCAGGUGUCCUGACUGAGCAGAAAGGGACUUGCUUAAAGAACAGUCAUUUCUGGAGGCAGAUCUGUCAUUUCUGGAGGUAGAUCCUGUUUCUGGAGGCAGAUGUCUUGUUUCUGGAGGCAGAUCCUGUUUCUGGAGGCAGAUGCUGUUUCUGGAGGCAGAUCUCAUUUCUGGAGGCAGAUCAUUCUCCUGGUCCCAGUUACAGCCACCGGUUGCUUUCCGGCGUGCUGGGUAAAUUGGCCAGUGGAAUUGGUAAAUUAUGGCUGGCAAGAAUGGCAAGAGUUGUUUGUCUGAGUUCACUGACGGAAUUACAGCCCCAACUGCCCGGUUUUCCCUGGCAAUUCCGGGCACUGUCAAUGCUCCAUCCCGUAGGUUCUGAAGUGGAAUUCCCUACCAGGACUGUGAAACUCUGGGAGUGGCACUCAGACAGCAAGCACACACUAUGCAAUAUGGUUUAUCCUGUAUUUAUUUGUAAAAAUAUCAGACAUAGAUCCUCUAUAUAUAUAUAUAAUAGUGUCGAAAUUACUAGUUGUGAACCGAGGGGAGUGGAGUUGUAGCUCCUGUCUGGCUAUUUCAGAGAAGUGCAGAAUGCAUUUGAAUAUUGGAGAGCUUAACAAGUGCUUUCUUUUGUUCAUUUAAAAAUGUCUUAAAUUUUUCAUUAGAGUAUAGAAUCUUAUUUUUUUUAUUUUGUACAAGCUGCGCUUUUUUAAUUAUAAUCACUGAGAAAUUCACUAUAAUUUGAUUUUAUAGGAUUUUUGUAGCAUUACAAAAAUAUAGUAAAACUGAGGUUAAUACCUGUUGUGGCUAACCAUAUAAAAAGUAUUAAAUCUUAAACUUGAACAAAAAGUCAUAUUUUUUUUUACUAGAUGUUAAAUAGGGAAAUAUUUUGUUCUGCAGGUCAUUCUCAGAAAAGGUUUCCAGGUCAGCUGUGUUACCAGCAGUUUUUCUUUUUUUCCCCAUUCGAUGCAGAAACUCUUCCGGUCUCAGAUAAUUCGGAAUUCCAUCGGUUUUUCUCGUGGGAGUGAUGCAUUUGACGCCAUUCGUGUAACUUAAAUUGUAAUUUUGGGAAUGCUGGAAUAAUUCCUACCAAGACUGUCUUAAUUGUGCCAUCUGACAUUUGAAUGUCAUCCUGGUAUUAGCUCAUAAUAAAAGAUCAGAAUCAACGA